CGCGGAAAACGUGUAUGCGCAUGUCAAUAUUAGUUGGAUUCUUGGCGACAACAAAACAUGGCCAAAAUACCAGCGAAUGACAUGUUUAUGUGUUUUUACGUAGGAAUGUGAUCAAAUUACUCACGGAGUAAGAAAAAACAACAAUGGAUUACGGGUACCUGAAGUUCAAAGCACAAAAUGGAAAGUCUGGGAUAUUUUGGGAACAAGAGAAAAAGAAAGCUGAUAGAAAAUUUGGUUACAAGCGUAAAGAUCAACGAUUCACAAUUCGGAAGGAUCCCAACAACACCGAAGAUUUAGAGCCAGAGCCGGGAAAGGACGAUGACAGCACACCCAAACCUAACUUCAUUGAGAGGAACAGGCACUUAGCUGCUAGCAAAAACAAAGGAAAGAAACCAACGUUACGCCCCUUAAAGCAAUCUCCCACUGGCACAGUGACCCUUACUCAAGAUCAACUUAACGCCAUCUUAGCUUCAGUAGGGAAAGUUGCUACAGGAGAAGAGGACAACUUACGCAUUUCAAUAGAUUCCAAGAAAAAUUCUAUUACAAUUGAGUCUCCAAGGAAAAGUCGUGAUGGUGAUUAUUAUGAUCAUCACUCAGCAGAAAGUGGCUACGAUGACGACGAUGAAAAAUACAACGACAAUAAAAAGGAAAAAGAAGUGAAAACUAAAACGAAGAAAGCACGGCCCACGAAGGAAGAGGAAACAACCAUCUUCUCCCUAUUGGAGGAGUUUAGUCCAGAGACAAAGAAACCGUCAAAGUCAAGUAAAAAGGAACAUACGGAAGACAAAAAUAAGAAAAAGGAGAGAAAGAAAGUAGAUGAUGAGAACAAUAAUUAUGGUUCUGAUAGAGAAAAUGUAAACGAGAGAAGAGGUAGAAAAGAGGAAUCAAGCAGAGAAAUAAGGCGUGGUACUGAAAAACAGAGUAAAGUCAGGAACAGAAGUAGGGAUAGAGAGAGAAGUAGAAAACGAGAUGGUAGUCAGAGCAGGGAACGUGAUAGGAGACGGAGAAGGAAUGACAGUGAAAAUGACAACGAUAAAGAUGAUCGAGAAAUUUCACCAGAGAGGAAAAGUAGAACUAAAAGAGAAAAGAACGAAACACAGAAAAAUAGAAAAAACAUUUCUAAAGACAGGGAAAAUGAUAGACAUAAGGCUAGUGAGGAUGAUGAGAGUGAUAAGAAAGAGGAAACUGUAGAGAAAAAAAUGGUCACACCGAGGGAGAUAGCUGGUAUACCCAUGUCGUUACCGUGGAAACACAUGACCGUGGGAGAACGGCGAAGGUUAAUGCUAGCCAGGAUAGAGGCUGAAGCUGCAAUAAAAGAAAUUGAGAAAAAGAAAUUUGAGAUAGAGGAACGUGAAAAAAUGAACGAUGAGGAUACUUCUCGUGGAAGGGGAGAACACGAAAGAAAUGAUCGUAAAAGAAAUGAUCGUGAAAGUGAAAGAAAAGACAAAGACCAUUAUAGAAAAGACUAUGACAGAACUGAUCGUGACAGUAAACGCAAAGAAAAGGAGAGGGACAGAAACAAUCAUCGAGAUGAUCGCGAUGAUCACGAUGAUCACAGGAGUAGGCACAAUAAAAAAGGAAGUCGAGAGCGAAGACGUUACAGUCCAGAACAACAGGAAAGUGAUGACGAUGAUUACUACGAUCGUGAUCAUAGAAAAAAAGACAGUCGCUCACAUCGAAGGAAAGAUAGUCCAGACUCGCGGGAAAGAAGACGCAGGGAUCGGCGUAGGGAUAGAACUCCAUCUGAUGACGAUCAGGACGAAAAGAACACUAGUCACAGGACAGAGGAGAAAUCGCCAGACAGGGCAGCUUCCAAACCUCCCACAGGCCUGCCCCCUCCACCCAAGCCACUCACACUGGCGGAGAAAAAGAAACUUCAGUGGGAAAGAGACAGACUUGAACUGGAAAAGCAGUAUGACCCAUGGGGAAGGCCAGGAGCUGGGGCACCGAUACGGACCAAGUCCGGGAACGUAGUAGCGGACUACAAGACAAGACAGGAGGAGACUCUACGGGCAUCCAUGGAGGAGAUGGAAGUAAAGAAACAGGAGCAGAAGGAGGCCCUGAUCCGGGAGAUGGAGAAAAAUGAGCCCACACCAAAAGCCAAGGCCUCACAGAACAACGUCCCCCAUGCUAUGAGGAGCUCCUUUAUGUUUGGGCAAGUUGCUCCAGACUCGAACCAGUUUGAAAACACCAAGGAGUUUGAGAGGCAACAGUGGCUACAGGAACUAGACAAACAAAAGGAAGAAAAGCGUCUAAGACAGAAUAAUAGCAAGGCCAAUACUGCCAACCAAGAAACCUGGGCAGACAAAUUCACCUAUCACAAGCCAGCCGGGUACCCAGACCAGCUUAGAGAGCCCCCUGCUGGCUAUCCAGAUCCCUUCUCACCAAGGGACAAAACUCUAGAUGGAGGAAGGGUUAACAGUGCUCCAUCACACAUCCCAGACAAAGAUGAAGACAUGACGCACAUACGAGGCCAAAACGUGUUCAUGGAUCCGGUCACGAGAAAUGAGCUGGAGGAAAAGAGGAAGCGCCUGCUGGAACACCAGCAAGCAGUGAUGGAACAGGUUCAACAGAAACAGCGAGAGAAGCAGAGAGAGCGUGAGCUGAAACUGCAGGAAGACAUGGAGGGGGAGAUAAAACUACAGGCCGAGCGCGACCGUAUACAGCGCCAGUUUGACCAGGAGCAAACCAAAAUCAAAAUGAAAGAGGUUCGAAGACAGCAGGAAGUAGACCAGCUAAAAAUGGCCAUGGAUGAGGCCCACGAGUCUGCUCUCCGCGAAAAAAUUACACGGCGCAUGCAGCAUCUAGAGGAAGGUGGCCAUGACACCACGCACCUCAAGGCUACAUUACAAGACAAUCCUCAAAGUGGCCGUCACCUAGCAACUGACAGAGACUCGUUUCGAGAUCACCACAAAUCUAGGGCCAAAUUAACACCCCGAAAUAAUAAUCCAAGUACUCAUGUCCAGCCAGAGUACGUACCAGGCCUGAGCCUGGAGUUAUCUCCCCGCACAGGGCCCACACACAGGUCACACCGAGAGGCCCAGAUCUUGGAUAACGCACCAUACAUAGAAAACCGGGUGCUGACCCCGAGUCGGUUUCGACAUGGUAUCGACGCUUCACGAGAGUUCGGCACUCAAACUGGUAUGGGACGUUAUACUCCCCCUGUGUCUGAUGAUAAAACAGUCCAUGAUAAUGAUCUAUGUGGAAAGGUUGAAUUUGGUACAAAUACUGAACUAGGGACUCGGAGAGAAGAGAGUGAGGUUCGUAUCAUGUACAAUGCACAGGGGAAGAGAGUUAGGGUAAAGAGUGCCGCAAAGGAGGAAACCAAGAAAUAUCAGCGAAAACCAGAACCUCCAAUGGAACAGAAAUCAAAAUCGAGGCCAAAAGAGGAAAAAGAAAAGGGAAAACCCAAGUGGAAUUUUCAAAAUAAAAGACGCAAAAGGCCGGUGAAACAGUCAGAAAAAGAUAUUAAUUUCCAAGAGAAAAGAAAGCAGAGUGAAGUUAGGAGGUUGAAAAGAGAACAGGAGUUGAUGAACUUAGUGGACAUGAAUCGUGAUCGUAUACCUGGAUACAAGGGAGCUAACUCUCGUGGUCAUUCACCUGUGUCUGAUCAUGAAGGUCAUAGGUCAAGGAGUGAACGGUUUAAUGCUAGUCGGAGGUCUAAGUCACAUUCACCAGUAAAUGUCAGUGCACGGCGAGAACAGACAUACCGGAUGACCUCGCCCAACCUGACGCAACGUUCGUCUUCGCCGGGGCCAAAAGUCGUUGGGCCAAUUGAAAGCAGCCACAAUACAGCCAGGGGGAGAUCACCCCCAGUUCCUGCCUUACGAUUCAAAAAAGACAAUGCAUACGACGUACACUUAGCAGAGAAACAAUCUGCUCGUAAGUACGCUGAUGGGAAUCCAUUAGAUAUACCACUGAUGGAAGGAGAGUUUGUGCCAUUUAUGAGAACUGUAGAAGUGCUUGACCCUGCCCAUGCAGGCUCCCCUGUCCCUAUAUCUAGGGAGGCCACAGCCGUGGUCAAUGCUCGCAAGGCCUACCUCAAGGGGAUGAAGCCUGGCGACUAUGGUAACAAGGCCAACAAUUAUGAAGACAGAUUGAAAGUUCCAGGCGAGGAGAAAUCUAACGACCCCAUCAUGAACCCUGCUCUAGUCAAAGACCACCCCACUCACAGACAGGAAGCCAUUCUUCAACAGCUCUCCUCACUAAAGAUGAACCUGAUGCAGAGACGGAGGGAGUUGGAAACGUUCUCUCCGUCCGACUUUGAGUAGUAGGAACAUUUCAGUGUAUAGUUUACAGCAUUCUGUGAUAAUUUCUUGCAUUUUUAAACACAGCUAUUUUACUGCUACAGUACAGGAUCCUUGUUCUGAUAAACCUCAUCUGUAUAGUGACAUUUUAACGUCACAUCUAAUUGUGUGAUUAAACUGAAAACUAAACUUCACUUUGGGGUUUAAAGUGAUCCUUGUCGGAUAAAAUAAUGAAAAUAUUUAGUUUUGUAAACAAUUUUGAAAUUGUAUUUCCCACUUUCUGUGUCAUCAAUUAAAGUGAUAACACGCUUGAGACAGCGAGCUGAGGAGGUUUGGACCAAAUCACUUGUCAUUUUUCAGACACAUACAGCAAGUUUCCAUAUUCAAUAAUCUUUAGGAACAGAAAACUAAAUGGCUGGCUGGCAUAAUAUGUGUUGUAUUAAUCCAUAUGCUGGUUUAGGUAUCAUGUCAACAUUUCCUGUAGGAUAAUGCACAGCCAAAGUGUGUGGACCAAUUUUUCCCUGUUUUCGAUUUAUUUUCGCAAAAAUAAAAAUAAAAAUACCGCGAGAUAGAAAUGAUAGUUCUAUGUAGAAGCAUUGUUUUUUAUCUUUUGGUGGUAGCAAUGUGAAAAAUAACUUCUACGAAUGAUGUUUUUCUUGUUUUUCGAGGGGAGAAUUGAACCAAAAUAGUGGAAAUUAAUUUACUUUUGUGAGAGGCAUCCUCAUUUAUUAGUGAACUCAUUGGAUGGAGUUAGCUCCCUUUGUUCUACCCUAGCCAGCUACUGGUAGGGUACGUGAACUUGGGGCCUGUUCGUUUAAGAGGAACAACCGGUUUGUCCGUUUUUAAAUGUAACAAUUUCGGGUAU